ACACGAAAACUAGAAAGAAAAUAAGCAUCAUUAAUUCUUGAUUUUCUUUUUUAGUCUUAAUCUGUGUAUAUAUGUAGGACCCAUAAAAGAUGACAGCCCCAUAGUUUUGAGUGUAAACUUUUCUUGCCCCUUUGGGCCUUAAAAUCCGUUCCAAGAAGUCCUAGAGAAUCAAUUUGCUCCAUUGCCACUCUCUUGAUUCUUGGAUCCCCAUUCCUCCCCAGUUCUCAAAGAAAACUGCCUUUUGCUUCCAGGGUUCUUAGCGCGGAGUUCCAUUCUGAAGUAUUGAAUCUUUUUGCACCGGGAAAUCUGCUGAAGAUUUGAUUUUUCUUCUUUAUUGAUGCAUAUUUAGUAAGUAUUACUCAUAUUAUUGAGCUUGGUUUCUUGAAAUUACAAGAAAGGAUGUGGUUGGAGUUUCUACAAGUGAUUUGAUUCAGAUGUUGCCAAAGAGCUCCAAAAAUGUCUUGGAUUCAAUCAGCAUUUGGGAGCAAAAUCAGCCCUGUUAUUCUUUUCAUCAUAGUAGUGUUAGCUGUUGUCUUCUUCAUUGCUGCUAUUCUCCACCUGCUCAUAAGGUUCCUCCUGAAGCAGAGAUCUGCACAGUCCCAUAAUUACCCAGAAAUGUCCACUUCUGGGGCUUUCCAAAGGCAAUUACAGCAGCUUUUUCAUUUACAUGACUCUGGUCUAGAUCAAGCCUACAUUGAUGCUCUCCCAGUUUUUCUCUACAAGGAUAUUAUGGGCCUAAAGGAGCCUUUUGAUUGUGCUGUUUGUUUAUGUGAAUUCUCAGAGCAGGACAAGUUAAGGUUGCUGCCAUUGUGCAGCCAUGCUUUCCACAUUGACUGUAUAGACACAUGGUUGCUCUCAAACUCAACAUGCCCACUUUGCAGAGGGGUGAUAUUGUCCCCUGGAUUUUCUUUCGAGAACCCAGUUUUUUAUUUUGAAGAUUCAAAAGAAACUGAGGAUGGGAGUUCAGGAAAUGCAGGUUUUGUUGGGGUCCCUCGUGCGUUGAAGCCUAGUGAAGAUGAUAAUGGUUCUAUUAUUAAUGAGAAAAGGGUGUUUUCUGUGAGACUUGGCAAAUUCAGAAGCACAAAUAAUGGUGCAAAUCAAGAAAGUGAAGUUGGAGAGACUAGCAACAGCAAUUUGGAUGCCAGGAGGUGUUAUUCUAUGGGCUCAUUCCAAUAUGUGGUUGCUGAUUCGGACCUUCAAGUUGCCUUGUGCCCCAGUAGUAGAGAUAAAGAACAUGGAGGUGAGGGUAGUGAUGUGAAAGGGAGAGGUGGGCAAAUUGGGAAUUUUACAAUUGAUGGGGUUGCAGCUGAUGCUGAUGCAAAGAAAAUUAACAACGGGGUUAAAGGUGAAAGCUUUUCUGUUUCCAAGAUCUGGCUGUGGUCCAAGAAAGGAACUUGGGAUCCCUAAAAAUGAGUUCUUGGUACAGAUUUCUUGCACUAUUCAUUUCAAUUGUGGGGGUGGAAAAUGAGAAAAGGAUAGCAAAGGGCCUCUGUCAAUGAUGGGAAAAACCCUGAUGUGAAAAGCUGAUCAUCACAUUGAUUAGAGUCAGUGGAGAUGGGGCCAUGGAGUGUUCUCUUAACCUUAUGAUAUGCUGCAAUAAUUCAUGUCCCUUACAACAUUACUAUAUUCUCUGCUCCAACUGUUAAAGCUAUCAAAUGGUCCAAUACAAAAAGAAAAUAAAGUGAAAGCAAGGAGGGAACAAUUUCUUGCUGCAGUAUUUUUCUUUUACUUUUAUCCCUUUCUUACACCCCAUUGAAUAGAUUGUCUGAAUGGGUUUUCUUUUUGCUUUGCCU